GGAAAAAUAUGACAAACGGUAAACUAUAAAUAAAGACUCCAAGUUGACUCUCUCUCACAAGUCAAGACCAGAAAGCAAAAAUGAGUACCAGUUCGAGGUUUCUGUUCAGCAACGGCGUCGUAUUGCACUCCUCCGACGUUCCUCCCAUAACAACUUUCCUCGAAUCACAUCCAGGCGCUUACACUACCACUCGAACUCACAACAAUGCCUCGUGCCUUUUGUUCUGGGAAAGGCACGUGAAAAGGCUAGCUGAGUCGAUAAGAAUUCUAUCGAAUUCGACUCCACAGCUUUUGUUCAAACAAAACAAUAGUAGUAUGAUUAUGCAUUCACUGCCGCAAUUUACAAUGGGUCCAUUUCGGGCGCUUGUUAACGAUUCGAUGAGUAAAAUGUUGCCAAUUGCGAUGAAGGAGAGGAGGAGUGAUGGGGAGGAAUUGUCGGUUACCACGCUUGUUAGUGGGAAUAUUGAGAGAUUGAGUGGAAUAGGGAAUGUGGAUGAUGAUGAUGAUGGAAGAGUGUGUCAAGCUCUUGAUGUGUAUGUUUAUGUUGGGAGUUAUGUGGUUCCUGCAUUUGGGGUUCGAGGAAAUGGUGCUCGUUUGGCCGUGGUGGGUCGCGGGAGGGAUGUGGCGAAUGCUAAGUACUCGGAUUGGGUGAGGCUUAGGAAGCCUCUUGAAAAGUUGAGGCCUUUUGCAGUGACUGAGCUCUUGUUGUCAAAUGAUGGUGAUCAGAUACUUGAAGGAUGUGUUACAAACUUUUUCGUUGUUUGUCGAAAGGAUAUUGAUGAAGCUAAAAGAGACUACUUGAAUGACCGCAAUGAUACAUGUGCUUUUGAAGUACAAACGGCUCCUAUUGGUGAUGGUGUCCUUCCUGGAAUUAUUCGCCAAAUAGUUAUUGAAGUAUGCUUGAGCAAGGGAAUCUCAUUUCGGGAAGUUGCACCUUCUUGGUCAAAGCAUGAAACUUGGGAAGAAGCAUUCAUCACAAAUAGCUUGAGACAUUUGCAACAUGUGGAGACAAUAUUAGUUCCAAGUUCUUGGGAAUCAAUUAUUUCAAAAACUCGGGUGGAGAUAUCAUGGGAAGAGAAGCAAUUCAAGCAGGAUGGUCCCGGGAUGAUCACCUCAUUAAUUCAGAAAGAGAUCAUGGAGAGAGCAAUUCUAGAAGGUUUUCCGUUAUGUGAUGCUGUAUGAAAGUUGGAGCCUUAUCGUUUACCUUUUGAUAUUCUCAAGCACACAUUGGACCACCUUGCUAGGAAGGACUGACUUAAUUGCCACUGUCUACACUUUGAUAUUCUCAAGCACACAUUGGACCACAUUGCUAGGAAGGAGUGAGUCACUUGAUUGCCAGUCUACACCAAUAUGUAAAUUUCAAGUCUAUAAAGGGUCUAGUGUUCUUUUCAGCUUCAACCGCACUAAACAUGUGAGAGUCCUCCCUCUUUGUGUGUGCGCUGGGACUGGUUGUGAUGGACCGGGGAUUUUUACAUUUGCCAUUAGUUGUCCAUGGUUAAUAUUUGAACGUUUGGUGAGAGUACUUUGAUGUAUGUUAUAAAUUUUCUCUGUAUACUUCCAACAUGAUAAUGAAA